AUGGAUGCUUUUCAGGGGAUUUUAAAAUUCAUCCUCAACCAGAAAACUGUUAUUGGCUACAGCUUUUUGGCUCUGCUGACUGUGGGAGGUGAGCGUCUCUUUUCACUCGUGGCUUUUAAGUGUCCCUGCAGCACUGAGAAUGUGGUGUACGGAUUGGUUUUCCUUUUUGCUCCCGCCUGGGUGUUACUGAUCCUGGGAUUCUUUCUGAACAACAGGUCAUGGAGACUCUUCACAGGCUGCUGUGUGAAUCCCAGGAAAAUCUUCCCCAGGGGCCACAGCUGCCGCUUCUUCUACGUCCUCGGUCAGAUCACUCUGAGUUCAUUGGUGGCUCCAGUGAUGUGGCUUUCUGUGGCUUUGCUCAAUGGGACUUUUUAUGAAUGUGCCAUGAGUGGGACCAAAAGUUCAAGACUCCUGGGGCUGAUUUGCAAGGGCAAGCCCAAAGAGUGCUGGGAUGAACUUCACAAAGUACCUUGCGGCAAAAUCAGCAUGACCCCUACGGACAACGAAGAACUGAAACUGUCCCUGCAAGCCCAGUCUCAGAUUCUAGGAUGGUUCCUGAUUUGUUCAGCAUCUUUCUUCUCUCUGCUCACCACUUGUUAUGCUCGCUGCCGAUCAAAAGUUAGCUACCUUCAGCUGAGUUUUUGGAAGACGUAUGCACAAAAGGAGAAGGAGCAGUUGGAAAAUACAUUCCUGGACUAUGCCAAAAGGCUGAGUGAGAGGAACCUGAAAUGCUUCUUCGAAAACAAGAGGCCAGAGGUCUUCUCCAUGCCUACCUUUGCGGCCUGGGAGUCUGCUUCAGAGCUGCAUUCUUUCCACCCAAACCAGCAACACUACAGCGUCCUCCACAGGGUGGUGGAGGAUGGUCUGGAACUUCGCCCUGAGGAUGAUGAGACUACAAUGGUGCUUGCGGAUGCUGUUCAAAAUGUGCAGCUCGCCCACCAUCACUGACUCGUGGCGUCUAGACAUCUUCCUACUGCGUCAACAGCUACCCGAGCAUCUCUGCGUUUUCUCACAUUUAGUGUUUCUUUAUAAGACAAUAACACAAAGGGAAGCAGCUUUGCAGCUCCCAGCUACAGACAGUGUCAUGUGCUCAAACUGAUGCUGAGUGACCGGCCAAGGAUGGUGACAGAGGUGCUGUCGCAUUUGUUGGGGGUUGGGCUCAGGGGCUUCAAGUUCUAAGAUUUUAAGAUCGACAGUGAGACUCAUGCAAGAAGGUCUGCCACUCUGUGUAAAUAUGGUCAUGGCAUCCGGGGGUAGCAGUGGUGACUUGUGAGUGAGUGUGGUACUCUUAACAGACUUCUGUACAGUGGGAUCUGCAGUGUAGUUGGUAGAAAUCCUCACUCAGUAAAUCUAUCCUACUGCCUUUCAAGGAUGUGUGAAAUUCUAUCAUUUGAAAUUCAUUUCCUUGGAAUCUGAAGACACCGGUUCUCAAAAUAACACAUUAAAAGAAUAUGAUGCCUAAAAUUCAGAGCUCUUCACAUGUUUCCACUCUGCACUGAAAGUAGACCCUUACGGUCAGGGCUGUAUUAUGACUUUUGUGGGCUCUAGGCACUUUUACCUUCAUGAACCCAUUUCUACAUUAAAAAAUACACAUGUACACAUACACACAAGCACACAUAUACAUAUAUAUAUAUAUAUAUUUAUGACUGUAUUGUUAUAGACAUAUAUUAAUAUUACAUGUUAAAACUUUUU